UUUUAUUUCUCCAGCUAUCACCAACACCUUUAGUUCUACCAGAUUAAAUCAUUUGUUAUUAUCUUCACAUAUUCAUCCAUAAUGUUUGCAUCCAUACGAGCCACACAAAGAAAUAGGUUGACCAAUUCCUUAUUCACUUCAACUUUUGCUGUAUGCUUUAUUUUAGUUGGUGCCAACUCUCUUGUACCAUGUCCUAUAGAUAGUGUCCAUGGUAACGAUUCUGUGAUAGAUGAAAGACUCAAGAGACACCAAAAGGAGGCUGACAAGCAAUAAGGGCAUUUCACUUCUAUCGCGAAUAAGCACACGCCAAUUCUUACUAGAAUUAUUUUUGAUGAUUCAUCGAUGGACCAUCAACUCCAACUUAUACAUAUUCAGGCUUUAAGCCAACUACGCAUUUACAAAAAUUUACCUGAAGUAAGAACACUUUAUGGAAAUAUAACACUGU